UGAACUUUGGCAUUGUAGUUCUCGUCUGCAAAACUACAGAGGAAAAAUGGAAGCCGGUGCUCUUCUCAGAAGUCUAAAUCCUUUCAAAAUCAGAGCAAAGUUUUAUGGGCCCUACGCAGUUCAGUGCUCAUCCUUUUCUUCGUCUACCAAUAUUCCCACUGGGAAAGAAAUGGGGAAGAGAGCAUAUGAUGGACUGCUUUUGGAUGCAGCAAAUACACUUUUGCAAUUGACAAAUCCAGUUGAAGAGACUUAUGCUUCCAUUGGCAAGAAAUACGGGCUGACAACUUCUCCAGCUGAAAUAAAGCAAGGUUUCAAAAGAGCUUUUGCUGCUCCAUGGCCAGAGAAGCUACGUUAUCAGGAUGAUGGACGACCUUUCUGGAAGCUUGUCGUAACUGAAGCAACUGGUUGUAGCGAAGAUACUUACUUUGAAGAAGUAUACCAGCACUAUGCAAGUGGUGAGGCAUGGCAUCUUCCAGCUGGAGCCUAUGACACCAUAUCAAUUCUGAAACGUUCCGGAGUCAAACUCGCUGUUGUAUCCAACUUUGACACCCGGUUGACGAAGAUAUUGAAAGAGCUGAAUGUGUUGGAUCUAUUUGAUGCCGUCAUCAUAUCUUCAGAGGUUGGCUAUGAAAAACCAGAUAUAAGGAUAUUUAGAGCUGCUCUAGAUCAGAUCUGUGUAGAAGCAAUAAAAACUGUUCAUGUUGGAGAUGAUGAAAAGGCUGACAAAGGAGGAGCAAAUGCUGCUGGAAUUGACUGCUGGCUAUGGGGUGUAGACGUGAAGUCAUUUGCAGAUAUACAGAACCGCAUUCUCUCAUCGGCAUAGUUUUUUUGUUAGUGGCUCAGUCAUUUGGGUGAUAGAACUAGACUACAAUCAAGUAUUACUUGUAGAGGGAAGCAUCAAAAUAUUGUUGUUUGUGAUCAUUAUAUUCUCCAUCAAUCAUCUUUCAAUUCCAAAGUAUAAAGUUAAGCUGCAGCAGCUUUUAAUAAGCUUCAUGCUAGGAGUUCUGCAUAGUGAUUCAGUAAUCAGCUACGAUAUUCCAUUAUAAUAAGAAAACCCCAUAUGAGACGCUACUUCCUCCCCAUCUCCACAAAGGCAGUGGCAGAGGGCAAGAUCAUCCAAAACUGUAUCCCUUUGACGAAAUGAUUCACUAAUCAAUCUGAAAACUCACCCCAAUAUUCGUUCGUUUGGGAUUUCACAGCUCUGUCAGAGCCUAUUUUGGCUCAACUUCUCUCCCUACAAAAUUUGAGAUAAUAAUCACAUUUGUUUUGAUCUAAUAUUCCAAAGCUAGUUUGAAACUAUUCUGUUUUAGUUUUACAAGGUUGAUGUUUAGUUAUUGUUUGGCUAAAUUUGUGUGCUAUUCAGGAUUCAUUCAGUCCUAGUUUGGCAAAUCAAGCUCUACUAUUUACUACCAUUGACAAACAUGGAGUAGCUAAUCUACUAUUAGGCCUCCUUUACAAGUCAUGUGGAAGCACUCCUCAACUUUUGUUUACAUUUCUAGUAGAAAGUCAGGGAUGAAGUCACAUAAAGAAUGAGAAGUUUGUGUCUUAGUUGAUAAUACAAGAGUUCAACUUUUUUGUGCUGGCGAUGUGAAAAAUAUUGAUAAACAUUAAUUAAAUAGUUGGUUGUUAAGUUGUUCCACAUUGGUUGUGGGAUGUGGUUUUGGUAUUCUUA